AUGUCCAGAACGACCACCAAUCCAAUUAUCCACAUCAACGGCUUCCCCGGCACUGGAAAGUUGACAAUCGCCCAAAAUCUGGUCGCCCUCUCCGCAAAUCUGAAACUGAUCCACAACCACCUGCUCAUCAACCCCGCUGAUGCUGUCCUCCACCGUACCCAACCAGGGUACCAGUCUCUUCGACGUGCUAUCCGCGCCGCAAUCCUCACGACUCUAGCGACGGAGCAUGCAACCUUCAACACAACCUAUCUGUUCACGGAUUUUCAGUCGACGAAUGAACAAGGUGCCAGUGUGUGCGCAGAAUAUGCGCAGGCUGCGAAAGACCGAGGAUGUUUACUGAUUCCAAUCGUUUUAACCUGCGAUGAAGAGGAGAAUAUAAAGCGCAUGGCCCAGUCGGAGCGUGAAAAUCAUGCAAAGCUCAUGGAUGUAGAGCUGCUGAGGACGUUUCGCAAGGGAGCACCGAUUUUCGAGUUUAGCGACAGAAAGGAGUUUCUGGAGAUCGAUGUGACACACUUAGAGCCAGAGGAGGCGGCGAGGACUAUCUGGAAGCAUGUUUUACGAUUCUAUCCUGAUUUACGCGAUAGAGAGUCUUGA